UGCUGCUAAAUGUUACUGUUCAUUAUUUUUUCAGAUACUGCAACUUAACAAUCUGGAUUUCUUAGGGUAUUGUAAAAUGGGCGCUAAUGCCUCCCAAUUGGAAAAGGAAAUUGGCUCGGAUCAGUUCCCUGCCAAUGAACAUUAUUUUGGUCUUGUUAAUUUUGGAAACACCUGCUACAUCAAUUCAGUUCUGCAAGCCCUUUACUUCUGUAAGCCUUUCCGGGAGAAAAUCCUUGAAUACAAAGCCAAGAACAAGCGAAACAAAGAGACUUUGCUGGCUUGUCUUGCCGACCUCUUCUACAACAUAGCUACACAGAAGAAGAAAGUCGGUACCAUUGCUCCUAAGAAAUUCAUUGCGCGGUUCCGCAAAGAAAAUGUUAAGUUUGACAAUUACAUGCAACACGACGCCCACGAGUUCUUUGUUCAGCUCAUUGACAGCAUCAACGAAUGUAUAUUGGAGAAACAGCAGGCUGGUCGCAAUAGACAACAACAACCUCAAAUUAUUCCCACUAACCAAGAGGACAUCAGCUCUGAAACACUGACACCUGACCAGCAGAAUAUACUGAAUGACGUGUCACUGAAUGGCAGCAACACAGCGCCUGGCAGUCCUCAUGGGCAACAGCAGCAGCAGGGAACAGACCGGCAGCAAGAAAAUACUUGGGUUCAUGAAAUUUUUCAAGCCAUUGUAACUAGAGAACUUAGAUGCCUCAAUUGUGAAUCCGUCCGCAGCACUGAUGAGGUGCUGAACAACCUUAGUGUGGAGGUCCAUCAGAACACUAGCAUCACUCAUUGUCUUCGCUGCUACUUCACUACUGAAACCAUCAGCGCUGAGAACAAAGUGCACUGUGACAACUGUGCUUCGCUCCAGGAACAUCAAAAAAGGACGCGUCUGAAAAAGCUUCCAAGUAUUUUGGUGCUUCACUUGAAACGCUUUCAAUUUCUGGGCCAGUUCAACCGACCACUCAAGCUCUCCCACAGGGUCGUUUUCCCUCUCGAGUUAAGGGUAUUCGACACGAGCGACGAUGCAGUGAACCCAGACCGCCUGUACGACUUGGCUGCCAUUGUGGUGCAUUGCGGCACCGGCAUCAACAGAGGACAUUACUUCAGCAUUGUUAAAAGCCACAGGUUCUGGCUUCUCUUCGAUGAUGAUCUCGUCGACAAAAUUGAUCCUUCCUACAUAGAGGAUUUUUACGGACUCACUUCAGAAAUUCAGAAGUCGUCCGAGACUGGCUAUAUUCUUUUCUACCAGGCUCGAGACCCGACCUAAUGAGAUUGUAGACAUCCACAGUCUACUGCUCCGAUCUUCUGAUCAUUAUUUUGUUAAUAGCUUUGUCAUUGUUCCGUAAAUGUUUAUAUCAAUGUUCUGAUUUGUUAAAUGAAUAUCGUUUUAGUUGAUUGAUAGCGUUGGUCGUGAAUACUAAUCAAAUAGUGUUCAGAUUUGUUGAUUAGUUUAAACUUUUCAUUCUUUACUUGUCCAUUAAGAUACCCUUACCUGGUGAUUUUUAGUAUCGGCAAUCGUUUCUUGGAAAAUGGACUGGGUAAAGCUAUUAUUCAUAGUAGUUAAAUGUGUGCUGUAGCUUUAAAAAACAAAUUGAUUUAGCUUCGACUUAUAUUAUUCUUUAUUCGUUUUUGUUGGCUUGCAUUUUCAACUCAAUUAAGGUCAUGAACCUUGAAUGUUAGUGGCAAAUUAUGCGAUUGAAGUCAUCGAAUGUACAUUUCAGCAACUGAAAUUAUAGUGCAUUGACGUGAAGAGAAUGGAUGUUUGAGUGGAAAUUAUUCAGCUCAGCACAAUUCCUUCAAGUUAAAUUAUUCCACUCUAUCCUAGAUAGAUUUAUUUUAGAUUUCGCUUUAAAUUUUUGUGAGAAUGCUAUUGUUGUGUUGGUCAAUAUUUCUGGUUGCAUGAUGAAAAACCGAAAAAGUUUUGAAACCAUUGUUGGUAUUUGAUUGAGAUUAUCAGGUUGCUUUGAUGAUAAAAUUGACUACCAAGUAUCAUUGAAAUUGUUUGCUUUAGAGUACGCGAGGAAAAAGGUGUCAAUAUUUAAAGAAAUUGGUGACAAAUCUUGGCGAAAGGUCAACAGGUAGGAAAUAGAACAGAGAAGGUGUGAAUAGAACAUUUAAUUUUGAUCCAUGGUUCUACUAGUCGUGAAGUGCAAGAACUUGCUAUUUAUCUCGUUAUUAACAGCAUAGUUUAAAUUAGUGAGUUGUUUAUCUUUGGCAUCCAGUGCUGUGCACGUACAUUGUAGAAUUAAGUUCGAUUUGAUGUAUACAUCACUGCAUUGGUUUCGUUUAUUACGAGUUUACGAAUGAAGUUUGUUUGGGAAAUCGAUUUGGCUUGUAUUGUUGUCCUAACUUUAUUCUGGUUUCCUUUGAUGGUGUUUUUCCGUAUCGUUAGAAACUAUUUCUCUGUUUUGAUGUACAGACAGAAUUUGCGUUCCUGUUGGAAGAGUGGACAAAUAUUUUUGUUACCGUUAUUUUUCAACUCGUGCACGUUCUUCUCGAUUUCGUUCCAGGUGGUGCAUAUCAAGUCUUGGAAACGAAUUCGAGUCUACCCUCGCAGUUCAUCUGAUAUCGUAUCUGCUCAUGAUCUGUACCAUCCAGCAUGUUCCAUCUUAACGAAUUCAAUUUUUUUGUUAUUGGACGCGUCACCUGAACUGUCAUAUCAGCCUUCUCGAAUCAGUAUUGAUAUUGUAAAUCGAAGUGCAAUCCGUAAUAGGUAUGUCUUAUACAUGUGAAACUGGCACUUUCACUUUGAAUUGCCAACCCUGGUUAUGUAGCGAUUGCUUUGUUAGCAAAAAUGAAUUGGUUGGAAAAUUACUUCAGUUGUUUCGUUUUAAAUAUUUUGUGGAACCGUAUUUAAUAGUUCAAGUGAUUCUUAAAAUUCUGACUAACCUUGCAAUCAUUUCAGAUUUGCAAAAUGCUAGUGGCAUCUAAAAAUACACUUUACAAAUCUGCUA